GCCACGUGUCCACCAAAUCUUUCCGUUCUUGCCCUAAAAUUCCGCAAAUCUGUUCAUCGGCCCUUAAUAGUUAAUACGCUCUCAUCUAACUCUAAGCAACGAGCACCACUAUCUUCGCCACCUCUGCCGAUAACCACCACAUUCCCUUCAAGAGAUGGCGUCACGCUACACAUCUUAUGACUCUCGCACCUCCACCUCCUCUUUUUUCUCGGAUCCGUCGUCCUCGACGGAGUUCUCUGGAGCUAAGCUCAAAUCACCUGCAAUCCAUAACACCUCAGCUUCUCGUGCACUCGUUAAGGCCAAGCAGUCGGAUCUAUCCGCAUCCACCAAGGCCGCUAAGAGUAACCACCACAAUUUGGCCACUAUGGUCAAGAAGUUCAUGGAGAAGAAAUCUGCAGUGGUGCCGAAGAAGGCUGCGGGGGCAGGAGGGCUGGUCGUUCCGUGCGAUUUAAUCGCUGAGGAUCUGAAGAGGACGGCGAGGAAGGGGACGAAUUUCAAUGGGUUGCAGAAGAAGCUGUUCGGGAAGGCGUCAGAGGAGAAGAAGCAGCAGAAAAAGGAGGUGAAGGCAUUGACGGAGGUGAAAGGGAACACAAGGACAUUGGCAAUGGUGUUGAGGAGUGAAAGGGAGCUCUUGAGCUUGAACAAAGAGCAUGAGAUGGAGAUUGCUCAGCUUAAAUUAAUGCUUCAAGAGAGAAGCAGAGAGGUUGAGAAAUUGAAGGAUCUAUGUUUAAAGCAAAGGGAAGAAAUUAAGGCAUUAAAAGAUGCCAUACUGUUUCCUGAUGUUAUGAAUUCUCAAUUUCAAGAGCUGAAGCAAGCAAAGCAAGUCCUUCCCACUCUCCAGAAGCAAGUUACCUCUCUCACAGGACAGUUACAGUGCCUCGCAGAUGAUCUUGCCGAGGUAAAGGCAGAAAAAUAUUUCUCAAGGGAACGUAUAGGACGUAGUAGCAGCUCCUCAAGGACCCCAACAUAUGAUCAUGAUAAUGCAACUAAUUCUUUGGAGUUCAGCUCUGGUGAUCCUACAAGCCCUGGAAGUCCAGAUGAUCUGUUCCUGGAUGAUCUCAAUCCUUGUUUAACACCUUAUUCUAUCAAGAAAAUUACCAAGGAAUUCGAGGAUGGAAGUCUACUGGUGAACAAUAUGCAAUGCAAUGAGCUUGGUUUUACUUCUCAUCUCAAGAAGUUGUCCAAAAGCUCAGAUUGUUACCAGAGUUCAGAUGCAGGGAGCAAAAUGGCUCGAACUGCUCGUAGAUCAGAUGAAAGCAAAAGCACAUAUGCAAAGAAGAAGAACCAUAAGCACAUUUAGCUGCUUAUUUCAGUCGUUUGGUAUUUAUGUGCUGUCUUUUGUGUUUCCUUUUGUAAAUGCUGCACAUAUGCAGUCUACUCCUUGAGAAACAAAGGAUAAAAUGUGUAAAGUGGUUAUGGGAUGGGCUGCUUGGGUAUGUUAUGAUAUCAACAAAAUGUUUUUGCUGGUAUGAAGUUCAAAUAAAUCUAUAGAUCGAGAUUUUGCUCAUUGAGUGAAUUUGAAUUUGAUGAUCAAUAGAAGGAUCAUGUCUUCUGUAA